UCUUCCAAGCUCCAGUCAUCCACGAUGAAGCUCGCCAUGGGAAUCCUGGUUCUGUUUGCCGUCUUGGCAGCUGCCUUCGCAUAUGCUGCCAACGAGGCUGACGAUCUUGACAUUCAGGAAGCCAAAUACGGCGGAUUUGGUGGAGGCUAUGGAGGAGGACGAGGCUUUGGUGGCGGCCGUGGUUACGGCGGCGGUUAUGGCGGCGGUUUCGGCGGAGGACGAUUCCGCGGUUGAAGAAUUCCAUGGUCAACGGAUUAAAAUGACAUCAACGAUCGAAAGAUGACCAAUAUGAAAAUGUCUUCCUAUUCUUUGCAGAAUUCUU